ACACAACCCUAGUUAAAUUUCCCUUUCCACACUCCUCCUCAUAGGACAUAUCACCCCAUUCUACUCUCCUCCAUAACUCCAUUUCCAUUUCUUCUCUGUUCCUAUUCUCUACUUGCACAAAGGAUAAACUCCUCAAAGCCAUUAUCAUUAUCCCAAUCAAUCAUACACACGCCCAUUCUCCUUAUCCUUAUUAUUACAAAUGCAUGCAUAAUCAACCAUCAUCAUCAUCAUUAUCAUCAUGUAUAUAACAACAGCCUCUUCUCUUCUCAGAACAACUACAACUAAACCUAACAAACUCCUCUUUUCUUCUCCCAUUUCUAGAACAUUCUUACAUCCUCAAUCUUCUCUAACUGUUCGCACUUCUCGAUCCUUCUUUACUUCCCUUCCCCACUUCAACCGCCGCCACCUCCAUUCUUCCUCUCCUCUCACUCUCCGUCGUCAGGUCAGAGCCGUCGCUCCCGUCGUCGAACGUUUCCACCGCAAAAUAGCUACCAUGGCUGGUGAAAAUCCUUUCAAAGGAAACUUGACAAGUCUUCCUAAGCCAGGUGGUGGCGAGUUUGGAAAAUUCUACAGUCUUCCUUCUCUCAAUGAUCCAAGAAUCGACAAGUUACCAUACUCCAUUAGAAUUCUUCUUGAAUCUGCCAUUCGCAAUUGCGAUAAUUUCCAAGUCACUAAAGAAGACGUUGAGAAGAUUAUUGACUGGGAAAACACUUCUACUAAGCAAGUUGAGAUUCCUUUCAAGCCUGCUCGUGUUCUCUUGCAGGAUUUUACCGGAGUCCCAGCUGUUGUCGACUUGGCUUGCAUGCGAGAUGCUAUGAAUAAGCUUGGCAGUGAUUCAAAUAAAAUCAAUCCUCUGGUUCCUGUUGAUCUCGUUGUUGACCAUUCAGUUCAAGUUGAUGUGGCAAGGUCAGAAAAUGCAGUGCAGGCUAAUAUGGAACUUGAAUUCCAGAGAAACAAGGAGAGAUUUGCUUUUCUUAAAUGGGGGUCAACUGCAUUCCGUAACAUGCUCGUUGUUCCCCCUGGUUCUGGUAUAGUACAUCAGGUCAAUCUUGAAUAUCUUGGACGAGUAGUUUUCAACAACGAGGGCCUACUCUAUCCAGAUAGUGUGGUUGGGACUGAUUCACAUACAACUAUGAUAGAUGGGCUUGGUGUUGCUGGAUGGGGUGUUGGAGGUAUUGAAGCUGAGGCAGCAAUGCUCGGUCAGCCUAUGAGCAUGGUUUUGCCUGGAGUUGUUGGGUUCAAGCUAUCUGGAAAUCUGCGCAAUGGUGUUACAGCGACUGACUUGGUUCUGACUGUGACGCAGAUUCUUAGAAAGCAUGGUGUUGUAGGGAAAUUUGUUGAAUUUUAUGGUGAUGGUAUGAGUAAAUUAUCUUUAGCUGACAGAGCUACUAUUGCUAAUAUGUCUCCUGAAUACGGUGCCACCAUGGGCUUCUUCCCUGUGGAUCAUGUUACAUUACAAUAUCUCAAGCUAACUGGGAGAAGUGAUGAGACUGUGGCGAUGAUAGAGUCUUAUCUCAGGGCAAACAGACUGUUUGUUGACUAUAAUGAGCCGCAACAAGAUAGGGUAUAUUCAUCGUAUCUGGAAUUAAACCUGUCUGCCGUAGAACCAUGUAUCUCAGGACCAAAGAGACCUCAUGACCGGGUACCUUUGAAAGAAAUGAAGGCCGACUGGCACGCUUGUCUUGAUAACAAAGUUGGAUUUAAGGGAUUCGCUAUACCAAAAGAGGCACAGGGAAAAGUUGCGAAAUUUGAUUUUCAUGGGCAGCCAGCAGAGCUCAAGCAUGGCAGUGUAGUGAUUGCUGCAAUCACGAGCUGUACGAAUACAUCAAACCCAAGUGUUAUGCUUGGGGCUGGUCUUGUUGCGAAAAAGGCUCAUGAGCUUGGUUUGCAGGUCAAGCCUUGGGUUAAAACAAGUCUUGCUCCAGGCUCUGGAGUUGUUACUAAAUAUCUACUCCAGAGUGGACUGCAAAAGUAUUUAAAUGAACAAGGUUUUCAUAUCGUUGGAUUUGGAUGUACAACAUGUAUUGGCAAUUCAGGGGAUCUGCAUGAAUCUGUUGCUUCCGCCAUCUCAGAAAAUGACAUUGUAGCAGCUGCUGUGUUGUCUGGGAACCGUAAUUUUGAGGGCCGGGUUCAUCCCUUGACAAGAGCCAACUAUCUUGCCUCGCCUCCUCUGGUUGUUGCUUAUGCUCUUGCUGGCACGGUUGAUAUUGACUUCGAGAAGGAGCCAAUUGGAAUGGGGAAGGAUGGCAAGAAUGUCUACCUGAGGGAUAUUUGGCCAUCUACCGAAGAAAUCGCAGAGACUGUUCAAUCUAGUGUGUUACCUGACAUGUUCCGAAGUACAUAUGAAUCUAUCACAAAGGGAAACCCUAUGUGGAACCAACUGCAAGUUCCAGCUGACACUCUCUACUCUUGGGACCCCAACUCAACAUAUAUUCAUGAACCUCCAUACUUCAAGAACAUGACCAUGGACCCUCCUGGAUCUCAUGGUGUGAAAGACGCCUAUUGCCUGCUAAACUUUGGUGACAGCAUAACCACCGAUCAUAUUUCUCCAGCUGGAAGCAUUAACAAGGACAGUCCUGCUGCUCAAUACCUCCUAGAGCGCGGGGUUGAACGCAAGGACUUCAAUUCUUAUGGAAGUCGCCGUGGCAAUGAUGAGGUGAUGGCGAGGGGAACUUUUGCCAACAUCCGCCUUGUUAACAAGCUCUUAAACGGGGAAGUUGGCCCUAGGACAGUUCACAUUCCAACUGGGGAGAAGCUAUAUGUGUUUGAUGCAGCAAUGAGAUACAAGACUUCCGGGCAAGACACCAUUGUACUAGCUGGAGCUGAAUAUGGCAGUGGAAGUUCUAGAGAUUGGGCUGCCAAGGGUCCAAUGUUAUUGGGGGUCAAAGCUGUGAUAGCUAAAAGUUUCGAGAGAAUUCAUCGUAGUAACUUGGUAGGAAUGGGUAUUAUCCCUCUUUGCUAUAAACCUGGGGAGGAUGCAGACUCAUUGGGAUUGACUGGUCAUGAACGUUACACAAUUGAUCUUCCAAGUAAAAUCAGUGAGAUCAAGCCUGGCCAAGAUGUCACAGUAACAACUGAUAGCGGAAAAUCUUUCACCUGCGUAGCGCGCUUUGACACCGAGGUGGAACUAGCUUACUUCAACCACGGAGGAAUUCUUCCGUAUGUCAUACGUAACCUCAUUAAGCAGUGAUGCUGUCGUUGAUGGAAAAAAAACUAAAAACUAAGGCACAAGGAAAUUCAUGAAAACAAACCUUCUACAACACAACGAUGCUUAUUUUGAAGGUUGAAGCACUAGCGCUAAGAUGAUUAAGUUUUUUUUUUGGCAAAAGAUGAUCAAGGUUCUUAAGAAACAUAUAUGAAUAAUAGUUUAAUGUCUAUUUGUUCUUGGCUAAGAUAACACUAUACAAAUACAACAAGAAAUAAAAGAACAUACCAACACAAAGAUUGGCCAAGGGAUUCUCGUGCAGAAGUUUAUAAGCUUGAAGAUAUUUCCUUGCCGCAUUUGUGGCUUGAUCAAGUUUUUUAAAUGUCAUGUAGCGUGAUAUUUUAUGCAAAAUAGGCUUUUAAAGUGUUUACUUAACUUUCAGCUCAACUUCGAAUUACUAUGCCACUCUUCUCAUGAGAACCGGAUGAUUGAAAAAAACAAAACUUGUUAGAAAGUUUUAUUUUAAGAUUGUUAGUAUUCUAUUUAUUUGAGAAAUUAAUAUAUAAUAAUUUCAUUUUUGUUA